AUGUCGGCCCUCAUGCUCGCGGACUGGAUCAAGGCGCAGCAGCCUCGGGGAACGACUGCCAAAGCAAAGACGGAAUCGGUCUUUUACCGCAACCUCGAGGAGGAGCUCGACGUUCGGCGAGCCGAGCACAGCCUUGUGACGCUGCGAACGCGGCGGGAUGCCAUUGAUUUUUCGUCCAACGACUUUCUUUCUCUGGCGAGCUCGGGUCUGCUGCGCAUGGCCUUCUUCGACGAGCUCGCGCGGCACCCGGGCUUCCAACUGGGCAGCACGGGCUCCCGCCUGUUGGAUGGCAACAACACGUACAUCGAGGCGGUGGAGCGUGAGCUGGCCGCCUUCCACGGCGCCGAGGCCGCCAUCAUCGUCAACUCGGGCUACGAGGCUAACGGCGCCAUCUUCUCGGCCAUCCCGCGCCCCGGCGACGUCGUCGUCUACGACGAGCUGAUCCACGCGAGCGUGCAUGACGGCCUCAAGGAGUCGCUGGCCCUAACCCGUAUGUCGUUCCGUCACAACGACGUCGACGACUUUUACCAGGCGCUGCUCAGCGUGCGCGAAUCCCAGCCCAUGGUCCGCCGCGGCGAGCGCUCCGUUAUCAUCUCGGUCGAGUCCGUCUACAGCAUGGACGGCGACGUCUGCCCGCUGCGCGAGCUGGUGGCCGCUGCCAAGGACAUCUUUCCCGGGGGCAACGCCGUCUUUGUCAUUGACGAAGCCCACAGCACCGGCGUAUUGGGGCCCCGCGGCGCCGGGCUCGUCAACGCGCUGGGUCUCGAGAAGGAAAUUGCGAUCCGGAUGCACACUUUCGGCAAGGCGCUGGCCUCCUCGGGCGCCGUCAUUCUGGCCAACGACACUAUCCGGACCGUCUUGAUCAACCACGCUCGGUCCAUCAUCUACACGACCGCCCCGUCUUUCCCGAUGUUGGCCGGCAUACGGGCGGCCUACUCGCUGCUAAAGUCCGGCAUGACGCAGCAGGCGCAGGACCGGGUCCAGCUCCUCGUCCGGCACUUCUUCAAGCACAUCGUGGCCAAGCCCGUCUGGGCGCAGGCGAACGAGAUGGGCAUUCUCAACAUCCCGCUGAGCAAGGACUGGGAGUCGCGCGAGUUUGUGACGCAGAUCGUGCCCGUCUGGACACGCCAGCGCUACAACUACUUCCUCGUCUUCCACCUGCAGCUCGCUAAGUUCUGCGCCUUCCCCAUCGACUUCCCCGUCGUGCCCAAGGGGACGAGCCGCGUGCGCCUCGUCUUCCACGCCACCAACACCGAGGCCGAGGUCGAGGGGCUGGCCCAGGCCAUCGCGCAGUGGGCCGAGGAGAUGGUCGACAUUGAGAAGUCGGCCAAGGGCGUCAGAAUACCCACCGCGGCGAGACAAGUCUACUCUUGGAUGUCGGCUGGUGAGAACUGUAAUGGUGUCGCUACUGCUAAUGGUGCAAGUGGCGCAAACGGGUUUCAACACUUACGGUUGACAGAGGCUGCAUGAAGAGACACAGUUAGAUACCUACCUAUGUAGGUAAAACAGGCUGUAGUGGCAUUGGAUAUCUACAUGUAUUUCGUUCUGGA